AAACCGAGCGAGAUCCUGACGGCCUUCUCGGCGGCCAAGGCCCAUGCCGCCAAGCACGCGACGAGUCGCAUCGUGGAGCUCGUGAACGCCGAGGACCACACGGCGCGCGUGUCCAGCACGGUGCCGCUGCACCAGCCUCUGUUCGAGCCCACGCCGGCCGAAGUCUGGAUCGACGAGUACACGCCCUUCCAGUUGCUCACGAUCAAGCUGCGCUUCCGCAACUGCGACACCGUGGUGCGGCGCCUCAAGAUCGAGCCCCCGCGCUCGCCCGUCUUCCGCGUGCGGCCUUGGGACGCAGGCAGCCGAGAGAAAGCUGCUGGCAAAGCGGACCCUCGAGUCGACGGCAAGGUGGCCGCCGGGAUGGAGAUCGCCUUCGCGCUCGACUUUAUGCCUCAAGAGGUCACGGACUACGCGAUCGACCUCGUGUGCUGCACGGAGCGCGAGCGCUUCCUGCUACCCGUUCGUGUGCGCGGGCGCUUCGCGGCGCUGGACCUGCCGGACGAGCUCGAGUUUGGGGUCUGCCCCGUCAAGAUGCCCACGACGCGCGUCCUGACCGUGCGGAACGUGGGCACACGCGGCUCUUCCUUUGCGUUCCAGACGAGCGAGCACUUCCGUGUCACUCCACCGAGUGCGACGCUGGCGCAGGGGGCGGCGGUGCAGAUCGAGCUGGUGCUGGUGCCGCCCGACCUGGAGUCGGGGCGAGGC